AUGCUUUACAAACUAAUUUCAGACUGGGUGAAGAGUGUGUGGGACAAUGACUUCACCGAGAUCGAAGCCCUACCAGAGGACAUCCUGGAAGAUUUCCAGUCCAACAGCUAUUUCACAACCCAGUUGGAGGAGUUUAAGUCACUUCUAUCCGACUGGCUGGUGCAGAAAGAAGUCAACACAGGAGAGGGUUUCUGGACUGUUCUGGUGGAGAAUGAUGUGUCCGUGAAGGCCAUCAUUGCCGUGUUGGGAUAUCUCAUAGAUAGCGGUUGUAAGUUAACAUCUGGCUCUGGACAGAGAGAAGCAGCCAUCUUGUCUGCUGCCACCUAUUUCAAGCUUAUCACUGUACCAGGAAGUGGUGCCUUCAAGGUGUACAGCCCAGAGCUCUUCAUCAAGGCUGUGGAUGUCUUCAAGCUCUGGAAUAAACUUGGAUCAUGUAAGAGGAAGCGGACUUCUCCAUCAGCCUCCAGGAGCCAGAGUAGCCAGCGAAGCAAGAAGGGGCGUGGCGCCAAGAGAGGCAGGAAGAUUUCGGCAGAGAACACAAAUUUACACAUCUCUGAGUUCCCUGAUGAAGAUGAGGAGGAUGAUGGGUUGGAGGAGGAGGAGUUGACGCCGAGGCAGCUAGCUCGCUUCCAUGCCAUGAUGAAGGACCUGCUUCAGGAUCUUGUGGCUCUACUGGAGACGUUCUCGCUCAAGUCUUCGGAGUCGACAGCCCAUCACGCCAUUAUGGUUCUGGCAGAGAUAUCAAGGAUGGAUGGGGAUCUCAUCACCACAGAGUUUGGCAGCUGGCCCAGACCAAGUCAUAUGUCUCCUGCAUGCUUUGCAUACAAGGGGAUGACUGCGAUAUGCUCACCUAUCCAUGGCCAUGUCGUUUCCAUGACAACAGCAACGUUCAAGUACCUGCUACAGAAUGUUCUAAUGCUGAUCGGCAACAACAAGUCUGUCAUAGCCCAGAAUAUACCUCGGCCUGUCGUCAACACCAGGGACAAUGCUGUCAAGUUCAUACGGUUCUUGAUCAAAGAAGGAGAUGAGAGAGUUAUCUCCCCUACAAUGCAUCUCUUACAGCACCUGUGUACAAAGGUUCCUGACAAGACGGAAUAUAGGACCAAAGUUGCACAGACAGUAGUUUCUCUGUUCGAGGAUCUGCCUGACGAGGCGUAUGUGAAGAUGAUGGAGUGGGUGAAGAGACUCAGCAAACAUCAAAAAAUAAACAGCCGAGUGAUGGCACUGGAAGUUGUUGCCCUCUUGUUGGCAGUUCCCCAGAGAGAACUGAAGGAUGAGAUUCCAGCUGAGCAGGCGGUGUACACAACACAUCGCUUUCUGGUUAUUCUGCUCAUAUCCCGAUGUUCCGAUAUUGCUCCUACUGUUCGGACAAGGGCUAUCUCUGCGUUUGCCCAUCUUCUGUCAUCGGGUGACGGGGGUCUCAUCAGCACCCUGAGAGAGAUGGUCACACCCAAAGUUGGCCCCCGAGUGGGUGGUCCUAUCAGACUGAUCCCUACCCCAGGGGUUGACACAAGGACAGUUGCUCACACCGAGGGCACCCCCACGAAUCAGAACGACCAGACGGUGGAGGCUGAGGGUUCCACAGCAGAGAAAUCUGCUGAGGGUGUCACCGUGGACAGCCAGGCUAAAACACCUUUCAACCAGAUAGACCUGACUCCUGGCUUCAAUGCAAACCUGAUAGACGAUGAUGGCGUCAUCUCCAUGCUGCGCCGUCGCAGCCAAGACCAGAAGGUGAACGUGAGGAAGGCAGCUCUGCAAGCCCUGGAAUGUAUGAUCCGUUUCGAGGCCCCCGACUACAGGAAAGAGGAUCUGGCUAUACUGGAGGAACGUUGUGCCGACCCUGCGCUGUCGGUGCGGAAGCAGGCCAUGAUGUCCCUGACGGAGCUUCUGCUGCAGCACACCACUGACCCCAAGAUACAGCGGGCGUGGUUGGAUGGAGUUCUCCCCCUUGUCAUGGACAGGGAGUCAACUCUUCAGGACAAGUGUAUUGAGACACUGGAGGAUAUUGUCCUGAAUAACGUGGUGCCGUACAACAGAUCCAAGGAUGAAGAACACCAGCUGGUGUGGAGCCUCCUCAGCAUCAUGACCCAGUAUGAGAGUCUUGACUUAAAGCGCUACCUGCAGAGGGCAUGUCAACACUGGUCGCGGCAGGGGAAGUUGAAGGGUGCUGUCGUCAACCACCUGCACACUCACCUGGACACACAGAACAAUAAGGGGGCGUGGCUGCUUCUGGCUGAGAUUGCGACGUCCUUCCCCAAGAUGAAGAAUGAGUUCCUGAUGACAUACUGGGACAAGCACUCAACUGAGAUGAGCAGUGACAACAGCACCUGGCCUCAAAUCAUCUCCGUCAUCGGAUGCGUCGCCAAGCAUCUCCCUGCUGACAAACGCACUGACAUUGCUGAUGCAUUGAAAGAAAGACUGAAGAAGUUUGAUUCCUCGCCCCAGCUGAUAGCUGUCAUCAUCAACACUCUCUCAAAGCUGUGUGAGGCUGGGUCGGAUGAGAGCACAAGUCGGAGAGUGAGGGAGAGCUGGUGCAGCUGCCUGCUGAACGCAUGUGAUGAGUACCUCUCUCACAUCAUCCUCAAUGAAGAGGCUUCGUCCAUUGGCAGUGAAGAAGAGGAUCAGAUAGUUCGCUACCUGUUCACCCUGGGAGAGAUCGCACAGCUGUGCCCGGCCAAGACACCCAAGCGUGUGUUCAUGCUGGUGCAGUCUCUCAUAGCUGCCCCUUGUAUUGACGAUGAGUCUGGUACCCAGGACAUCCCCUGCUCCCAGACUUUCCCCAGUUCGGUCGAGGUCACCAGUAGUCAGGGCACCGUGCUCUCACAGCCUCUCUCUCAGUUCCGGGACUCCAAGAUGUCAGGCAAGAUACGAGCACACGCCUUCAUCACACUAGGCAAACUGUGUCUCCAGAACGAAAACCUGGCCAAGAAAUGUAUCGCAGCUCUGGCCCGCGAGCUAGAGACAUCACAUGACCCCAACAUCAGGAACAACGUCAUCAUCAUUAUGUGUGACCUGUGUGUCAGGUACACGACCCUGGUAGACAGAUAUGUGGCCAACAUUGCCUCCUGUCUGAAGGAUCCAUCACCCCUUGUCCGCAAGCAGACCCUAACCCUCAUGACCAGACUCCUGCAGGAGGACUUCCUCAAGUGGAAGGGUGUGUUGUUCUAUCGGUUCAUCACCACGCUGCUGGACACCAACACUCACAUCAGGGACUUUGCGGAGUUCUGCCUGGUCCACCUCCUCCUCCAGAGACAGCCCACCAUGUUCUUCCAUCACUUCGUAGAGUGCAUCUUCCACUUCAACUCCUAUCAAGACCACUCAGUGUACAACAAGUUCACCCAGUCAGACCGGGAAAAGCAGAUGUUCUCUCUCAGUGGCAAACAGAAUGCUGAAAAGCGCCUGAAGCUGUAUCUGUUCAUGCUGGAACAUAUGACGGACGAACAUCGCUUCCAGCUCUCCGCAAAAAUAUGUCAGGAUAUCCUUGCCAGUGCAGUGGAUGGUGUGCUACCACUGGACGGGGACAGUACCGCUGUCCUGCAAGAUGCCCUCACGAUCCUCGGCAGUAAGGAGAUCAAGCUGUCCUCCCUGAAGGUCCGACCUCACGAUGAUGUUGCCGAGGAACAGGACAUGGCUGCUGUUGUCAUGGCAACUGCAAAGAAGACCUUGAUCACACAGGUGCUGAAGAAGAAUGUCAUUGAGAACAUCGUUCCUAUAGUGACGUCACUGAAGAAAAUGCUGGAGAAACAGAAAAGCCCAGUACUUCGUUACCUUAUGUUGUAUCUGCGUGAACUCAUGAAGGACUACAAGAAUGAGGUCAAAGACAUUCUGUCAGCAGACAAGCAGCUGGCGACAGAGAUUGAGUAUGACCUUCGUAUAUUUGAGGAACAGCAAGCCGCGGCAGAGAAACGACUACAUGAGAACACUCCGAUGCAGAGAAUCUCAGUACAGGGCCGGCUAUCCAUGUCCCCUGCAUCAGGGUCCCCCAGACCGGGCGGUUCCCCCAAGCCAGCUACCCCAGCCAAGUCUCCCGGCACCCCUCAACAGGGGAAGUCCCCUACCCCUGGGGUGGCCAAGCCACCCACACCUGGCAGUGGGACACCAGGGGCUAAGCCUCAGAGUCCACUAGCAACGAACAAACUCUCCACCCCUCUCGGUGCGGGCAGAACACCGGAGAGACAGGGCACACCCAGCAGAUGCACUCCACUGGCCACGCUCGCUAUCCUGAACUCUGCCAGGAAAGCUCUGACCCUCAACACGGUGCUGCGGGAAGUCCGGAACUCACCCAAACCCAAGGAGAAGGUCAAGGCUGCUGAGAAGGACAAGGAACGUCGGCGAUCGGCGGUCAAAUGGGCAGACAAGGAUGGUGGGGUAAAACAAGAGGUGUCGCCAAGUGAGGUUGAGAACAAUAGAGAGAACAUACGAACACCACCACGGCGUACGCGGAACACAAGUCGCGCCAUCAGCACUCCCAGUGAUGUCCUCGGCAACAUCACGUUCGCUGGCGAGCAGAACAUCACGCUGAUACCUCCAUCCCCGAUCCCAACCUCGGUCCCUGUCCGUGUGUAUCCUGAUCUAUCGGAGGAUGCAACCUCAGCAUCCCCAGUGCGUCGAGGUCGGAACAAGCCUCGAGAUGACCUUGUCUACAUGUACUCUCCAGACAAACCAGCACCUAGAGUAAAACCGUGGAACAUUAAACCAUCGUCUACCGCGGCUACAGUAAGGGCUGGCGAUGCGGACCCUCCAGUGGACGGUGAGGAGGAGGAGAUUGCAGAGGUGUCUGUUAGUACCCGAUCUCGCAGCCAGAGGGCGAUCACAACAGCAACACGCAGAAGUUCUCGAAGCAAGAGAUAAUAGAAACUAACGGAAAACAACUAUACAGUAUACGACUGUAGAUUUGGUUCAUAAUGUACCAAUGCCUUAUGUAUCUCUGCUCUAAUGUACAAUAAAUGCAACAUGGCUUAAAGAUGAGUUCCAGUUGAACCUAAUGGAAGUAUGCGCUGCAUUGAUUGGUUGAAAAAUGUGAAUCCAAUUUUUGAACACUUGUGGAAUUCUCAGUGCAUUGAUAAUCAAGAUCAUCAAAUUUGGAAAGUGUUCCAGCAGGGUGACUGGCGGUGGGGUAGCCUUGUGGUUAAAGCUUUUGCUUGUCACGCCAAAGACCCGGGUCGAUUCCCCACUUGGGUACAAUGUGUGAUGCCCAUUUCUGCUGUCACCCCUCCAUGAUAUUUCCAUGGUAUUGCUAAAAGCAGUAAAACUAAACUCACUCACCCAACAUGGUGACAUGAAAGCCAAAACCUAUAAUUUCAUUUAGUAUGUCUCACUCUGCUUUCAUCUGAACAUAAAUAGUUAUGAUUGUUAUGUAUGUACAGUGUCAAUAAACAUGAUGCAGAAAUUGUAACACA